CGGAGCCGGGAAGUGGAUAUUGUUUUGGUGCCUCAGUGCUCGAGAUCGUGCCGAAAUGUCGUCCCUCCUGAACGCCACCGUGCUGGCAACGGCCGCCACCGUGGUGCCCGACUCCCAGUUCAUCUUCAACUCCACGGACUACGCCGUCUUCGCCCUCAUGCUGGGCAUCUCCGCGGCCAUCGGCGUGUACUUCGGCUUCUUCGCCAAGGGCGCCGACACCACCGAGGAGUACCUGAUGGGCGGCAAGCGGAUGAAGACCAUACCCAUUGCCAUCUCGCUGGUGGCCAGUCAGCUGUCCGCCAUCUCCAUCAUGACCAUUCCGGCCGAGAUGUACGCGUACGGCAUCAACUGGUUCUUCAACGUCGUCUGCAUGCUGGUGGUGGUACCGCUGCUCAACUAUGUGGUGAUCCCGGUGUUCUACAACAACAACAUCACGAACUGCUACCAGUACCUGGAGAUGCGCUUCUGCCGCGAGGUGCGCGCCAUGCAGACCUUCAUCUUCAUCAUGACCAUGUUCUUCAUGCUGCCCAUCUUCAUAUUCCUGCCCUCGCUGGCCUUCGCCCAGGUGACGGGCUACAAUGUGCACAUCAUCAACACGGUGGUGUGCGGCAUCUGCAUCUUCUACACCAUGUUCGGUGGCAUCAAGGCGGUGGUGUGGACGGACGUCAUCCAGGCGGCCAUCAUGGUGGUCUCGGUGGUGCUGGUCGGCGUGAUGGGCGCCAAUCGAGUGGGCGGCCUGUCCGAGGUGCUGCGGAUCGCCGGCGAGGGCGGACGACUGGACGUUAACUACAACUUUGAUCUGACCACAAGGUCGACGAUCUGGAACAUCUUCAUAUCGGCCACGAUCAUGUGGUCGGGCCAUGUGGGUCUCAACCAGAGCUGCGUCCAGAGAAUCGUAUCGCUGCCCUCACUGGGCCACGCCAGGAGGGCUCUGGUGCUCUUCGGGUUCGGCUUCAUCCUCAUCAUGUUCUUCAACUGCUUCACGGGCAUCGUGAUCUACUCCCGCUUCCACGACUGCGAUCCCAUCGAGUCGGGCCACGUCUCCAAGGUGGACAAGAUGGUGCCGUACUUUGUGCAGGACACCGUCGGCCACUUGUGGGGCAUGCCGGGCGUCUUCAUCUCCUGCGUCUUCAGCGCUGCCCUGAGCACGCUCUCCGCCAGCAUUAACUCGCUGGGCGGAGUGGUCUACUUCGACUACAUAAAGCCGCACAUUCGACACACGGAGCACCGGGCCAACGUGAUCAUGAAGCUGUUCGUCCUCUUCGCCGGCAUAUACUGCAUCUUCGGAGGCAUGGUGGUGGAGAGCUUCAACUCGAUCCUGCAGGUGCUCUAUUCCGUCGGAGGCGUUAGCUUUGGAUCCACCUGUGGGGCCUUCAUGCUGGGCAUGCUGGUGCCCAAGGCCCAUGGCCGGUCCGCCUUGGCCGGAAUCUUGGCCAGCAUUGCCUGCAUGGCCACCAUCGUGAUCCUGAGUUGGGGUCGCAACCACUACGACCCCCUGCCCACCAGUACGGCGGGCUGUCCAGCUGCCCCGCUGAAUGGAACCAUUACCAGCACGGCUUCCACGAUCCUCCUGAGUGGCACGGCGGAAGCACCUGCGGAGGCGGAGGGCUUUAGCAUUCUGGACCUCUCCUUCAACCUGUACGCUGUGAUGGGCUUCGCCAUCACCUGGCUGGUGGCUAUCCCCCUGAGCUACAUCCUGAAGCCGAGAUCCGGCUACAAGCUGGACCCCAGUCUGCUGUCGCCGGUGGUGCAGCCCUUCGUCGGCUACACACCGACUCCCACGGAGGAGCCGCUCCAGCUGAAGUUGGAGAAGCCCGAAAAGGUCUAAGGAUAUGUGAAGUACCUCUCAAAAGUAGAAUAUGCCUGAUGGGAAUAGGGAUGAUAUAGGAAAGGACUAGGCAGGCAGUAUAACCUCUCUAUCUCUUAACAAUCUCAAGUUAGAUUAUAAAGCUUUACCUUUUUUUUAAUGUUUUAUUAAAUAUUUACUGUAUUGUCGA